UCAAAGAGCCAACAAGAAAGCGUGCGCUUCAAGGUCUCACAGAGAGAACAUUGAAGGAAAGCUAUGUCUGGAGUUGGGCCUAUUCGGCAGGAUUGGGAACCGGUGAUGAUCCGGAAGAAAGCUCCGACCGCCGCCGCCAGGAAGGACGAGAAAGCCGUCAAUGCAGCUCGCCGCGCUGGCGCCGAGGUCGAGACCGUCAAGAAAUAUAAUGCUGGCUCAAACAAGCCUGCUUCUAGUACGACUUCACUGAACACUAAGAAACUGGAUGAAGACACGGAGAAUCUAGCUCAUGAACAUGUGCCAACUGAACUCAAGAAAGCUAUUAUGAAAGCUCGGAUGGAGAAGAAACUUAGCCAGGCACAGCUUGCUCAGAUGAUCAAUGAGAAGCCUCAAGUGAUUCAGGAGUACGAGUCGGGAAAAGCCAUUCCAAACCAACAGAUAAUUAGCAAGCUGGAGAGGGCCCUUGAUGCCAAACUGCGCCGCAAGAAAUAGGGAAGAGAAUGUGACGGUUUCAAGUUGAAACGUGCAUGUUAAUUCACAUUUCAUACGGACUGAACUCACAGCACUUAUAACCCGCUAUUCCGUAUCACGUGGAUUUAGUUGGAGACACCCUGCAGUUGUUAGAAUUGUGAAGAGUUGUGCAAUCGGUACAUCAGUGCGAGGCACAACACUAUGUUAAGGUUCUAUUGUUCACAUUCACAUGUAUACUUGUGAAGAUGUGAGUUGUAUGAUGACGUUUUGUUGCUAUGAUGAUUUUAACUAGUUGGAAUAAAUAGAUAUGAAAGAAAUAAAUUUUGUUGAUUA